AUGUAAUUAAAUCACUCAACCUGUUUCAUUUAGGCUAGAUCCAAUAUUCCAUCAAAUGAUGUUAAAAACUAUGGUACUGACUCAAGCUUUGAGCCCUUAAUUGAACAACAUCUCAACGUGGACUAGCUUAAUCAUCACAGAGAGUUUAAUCAGUCACAGCUGGUGUCACAGAAAUAAGUGGAAAGACACUAAACUUGUAAUAAUAGUUCAGUAUUAGAUUUUGUAUCUGAUACUUAAAAGCAUGAAGAAGAUUAGCAAGAAUUAUUAGAGGUGAACUAAAUACAGUAGUAGAAGGUUAGAUAAAUUAAUAAUAAGACUAACUUGCUUUUGACCACUCAUUCUAAUCUUAAAUAAUUAAAAGUUAGUGAUUCAAUGAUGAGCGCUACUUCUCAAUUCAUUAACAAGUCUACGAUGCUUAGAUAGCUCUAUGCUGUCUAAACACAAACUUACAAUUCUAAAUCUCAAGUAUAAUCAACUCUUAUUGGGAGACAACAACAUUUAAAUAAUAAAGAAGAAUAUAAUAAUGAUUUUUAUUAGCAAAAAUAUUAAGCAGAUAAAAUGUCUGUGCCCCUUUUGAAAUCAAAUGACACCAUUCAAAUUAAUUCAAAUCGCCUUACUCCUUAAAAGUUAGAUUAAGAGCCAUCUAAUCAGAAUUCAUCAACCAACAAUAAAUUAACUUCUGCCAAAUUAUUCAGCAAAACAGAUUCUAGUAGUAAAUAGAGUGGAAAUGUAGAAGGAGAUUAGAUCAAAUAAGAUAAUUAGAAAAUCUAAUAUCAGCAGAAAUAGAAGCCUUCCCAAGACUCUCUCUCUAGCUAGCAAACUUGUGGAUAAUAAUAAAUUUAUUCAGCAUAGACAGCGACUUAAACUCAAUUUAAUCAUCAAUCCAAAUUCUUCACUUUGGAGCAGCCAAUUUUACAGCUCAAUAAUCAAACCAUAUUCAUAAGAGGUAAGAAUGGCAGAGGCUAUUAAGGAAUCAAUAAUUAUAAAAAUAGUGUGAGAAUACCCACAAUCUAAGAGUGGUUCUAAAGUCUUUCAAAAGACGACAAGAUUUUGUGUCUGACUAUAGUAGACUUUACUUUGGUAAACUCAAUAGUCAGAAUGCAACAAAGACUCAAUAAAAAAGGCUAGGGAAAGUUUUCACUCGUAACUAAGCUUUUGAAAUAAACUAUUAAUGCUGCCAGUGGAAAUGGAUCGUAGCCUAGCAAGUAUUAGUCCUAACUAGUGCAGGAUGUGAAGUUUAGUUCCAUUAAAAAUUUCAUUAAGGAUGAUAAGGACAAGAUCGCAUAGUAGGCUAAAUAGUGCCAUGAAAAAGAUCUUCUUGACUUGGUCAGACUUACUCACACCAAAGUCUCUACAAAUUUAAAGAACUAGUAAGAGGUAACUGACUUCUUGAUGGAGGACUAAGACUUGAACACUUUGACUGUAGCUUAGACUUUAGUGCAAGAUCCUGUAAAGUUUUAUCAACUAGUUUAGGCUAUAGUAGGAAAUAACUUUCUCAAAGUUCCAUUGGAGAUAAAUUGGGAUGAUUAGAAAAUGUUCUUUAUAGUCAAAACACCAACAUGGUUUGUUCCUUCUGCUUACAAUUCGCUAGCAUAUUGGGUAAUCUUUUUAUUUGAAAUUUCACUUUGGGUUCACUAUGAGGCCUAUGUGAAGUCUCGGUUUAUGAUAAACAAAACAACACUUGAUCCCAAAUUAUUUCUUUCAAAGCAAGGGUAGCUUAUUAAUGUUAAAAAUGAGCUGCAAAGCUAUUGGUCAUAAAUACAGGAGAAGUCUAAGUAGAAUCACACUAUUCUAAAAGAUAUAGGAUCUGAGGUGUUUAAGAGAUCAAAAUUGCUUUAACUUAAUCAACCUUAAGAAGCAUCUGCAAAUGAGGAUUUUUUGAGUCUGAGCUAACUUAAUGGAGGGCUGAUUUAGGUGAGGACAACUGCUCCGCCAAUCUUGAAUUCAGAAUCCAAGAUAAUUGAGGCAUUGCAACAGAACAGAGAACCUGAGAUGUUCAUGAAUGAUUUGUGCUUGUUCAGUUUGAGUAGAGUUGGAAGUCAACUCAACAAACUUGAAAAAAUACUGGUGGAUGUGUUGAGAGAUAAAUUGGAGGAAAACGAAAGAAACCAGAAGAUUUUAAGCAAUAAGAAAAAUUAAAAGAAAAAAAACAAGAAGAAGACUCAGAAAUAAGACCAAACAUCAAAUCGAAUUGACAAUGAGAUAGAAAAGGAUAAUUUGGAAGAAAAGAAAGAAAACUUGUAAGAAUCUGAGAGUGAACAUCUUUUAACACAAAUUUAAGAGGAAGAAGAAGAAGAUAAUAUCUAUGAUCAAUACUACUGUAAGGACUUAGAUGAGUUAUCGAUUGCUUUGCUUGUUCAAUAAUCUCAACAUCACAUCCAGCCUAGGAAUAAUGAUUUACUAGAUGAACUGCUGAGAGAUGAAGGGCCAGUAUAAAACAAAUUAGAGCAAAAAGUUUAAAUUAUUUAGAAAAUUAUGAAAAUACCAUCAGUGAAACCUAUCAAGGAAUAUUUAAACUAUCAAAUUACUAAUGAAGAUUAAAAGUAUGAGUUGAAUGAUCAUGCCUAUGAAAAUUAAAUUCAUCAAUUAAUACAUGAGGAUGAGGAAAAAGAGUAAAACAAAGAAGAGUAAAGCGCUAACAGUGAUUCAACUGAGGAUCUCAAUUAACAAGAGCAUCAUCAUUUAAGCGAAAUUAAAAUGAACUAGACCAUUGAGUCUCCAAGUUAGAAACUAGACACUUUAGACUAUAAUAUCAUCGAAAGACUAAAAUAGAGUGAAUUCAGUGCUGGAUCAGUGGGUUACAUGUCUUCAGAUAGAUUUGAUGAAGAUGAUUCUAAAAAAGCAUCAAUCAAUCACGACAUCAAGUCUUUUAUUGAAGAGAGAAAGAAUUAGGUUAUUAAGAACCAAAGCACCACUAAGAAGAAAAACAACACAAAAUCUUUUAUGAGUUCAUAGAAAGAGCUAUCAAUCUAAAAUGACUUGAACAAGAGUUUAGAUGACUCAAUUAAUAACUUUCAAAUAAUCAGAUCAAACAAAAACUUCAACAAUUCAGCCUCUUAAAACAACAAUAAUAAUUCUAGCAAGUAAUAAUAACAGUAGAAUUAAUAACAAACAUAAAAUCAGCAAAUCUCAAAAAAUAAGAAGAAAAAGAGAAGCAAAGCCGUACUCCCUCAACUAGCGCAGCAGUAUUCUUCAAAUAAUGAUAGUUUAAAAGAUCAAAGCUAGAAACUUAAUGAAUUUAUGAGGAAUAUUGUGCAAGUUAAAGAACCAGUUGAGGUCUAAGAGAUUUAAAAGCCAUUUUAGAAGAUUGAAAAAUAAGUAUCGAAGAUAAUACCUGAAAAAGAAUAAACCACUCAACAGGUAAUCCCUAAUUAUGAGAUUAGGACCAAGUUAUAAGUGCAAAAUAACACCAAUCAAACUGCUUCUACAUAGACUUAAAAAGAUAAGCCAAUUUAUAUCAGAAAAACUAAUAGGCAUGAACCAAUCCCUAACACUCUUGAUAACUCUAUCAUCUUGAAUUAAUAGUAAAAUAUAACCAUAUAACCAGCAGAAAUCAAAGAAUAAGAGAUAAUCAAGCCAGUGAGAACUAAUCAGUUGAAUAAAUCACAUGAUGUGGCUAAAAAGAGUAAAUAGAAGCAAUAAUAAUAGCAUCAAAGAUUUUAAAAUUUCAUAAAUAUGAAAGACCCGCUAGAUAAAAGCUAGGACAACCAAAAGAUAUAAUUAAACAAGGAGAAAUCUAAGAAGUCUAAUCAUAAAAAUAGUCAUUAGCAUCAGCUUAAAAAUAACAAAAAGAAAAUGACAAAUACCCAGAAUAGUACUUAAGCUAGUGGGUUAAUUACUCCUUAGGAGUACCCGUCAAACAAUAGUGUCUAGUAGCACUAAUUCAAUGCACCAUAUGGGAUGCCUAAUCAAAUGGUAAACACAAUGCCUGAGCAUCAAAUGUAUCAGAAUGGGUACAUGCAGCCAUAGAUGCCAUAUCAACCAGAUGGGUUCAAUGAUAUCUUUAGAAAUAUUUAAAGUUAGCAGGGUAUUUAGUACCUUCAAUAGCUAAUUCACCAAGCAAUCCAACAAAACUAGUUUAAUUUCUAGGACAGAUCUCAAAAUUUCUAUGAUAGCCCUAACUUUCCACAAAGCCCAGAUGAAUACCAACAUCAAUAAGAUGAUUAUGAAAGAAAAAAUGCAUUGAUAGCUGGAUUUUAUGAAACUUUGAGUUAAUAACUAGAAAGUCUAAUGAAUACCAUUGAGAAUAAACUCGACUCAGUUGCGAAAGAGAGGAUAUCUGCUAUCAAUCUACUUGAAAAACUGAUCAAUGAGAAUUUAAAGCCUCAAAAUAAUCAGGCUUUUCAGAUAAAAAUGUAUGGCUCUAUGGCCUCUAAGUUAGCAAUUGAGCAAAGUGAUGUUGAUUUGGCUGUAGUGGGUUUAGAAUUUUAGGGUAUUAGGGAACUGUAAAUAAAAGAAAUGAGAGUAUUGUUUGAAAGACUCUAGGAGUCACUUAAGUAUCUCAAAAAAUCAAGCAUAUUAUUCAUCGAAUCAGCAACAAUUCCAGUUAUCAAAUUAUCAAUCGAUUUAGAAGAGCUUAGCAUAUCACAUUAAGAUGGGAUUGAAAUCGAGAUUGAUCCAUAAAUGAGGAAUCUUGGAAUUGACAUUACAUUUGAGGAUCAAUCAUUGUCCUUGUUUUAUGGUCCAGAGGGUUAAAGAGUGAACCUAGGCAUUUAGUGCAUCCAGUAUAUCCAAGAUCUAUGCUAUUAGUAGCCAUUCUUAAAGCCAAUAGUCCUAUUUAUGAAGAAACUACUCUAGAAUAGUAACCUGAACUAACCAUUUUACGGAGGAAUAAACUCUUACUCACUAGUACUGAUGGUUUCCGCCUUUUUAAAUAAAUUUGGAAACUAUAGUACCCCAAGCCAAAGUCUGUUUGAAUUCCUGAGAUAUUUUGGCUACUACUUCGAUGCAGAAACUGUGAUGAUUGACAACUAAGAUUUCAUAAAAACGAUGUGCCCAAUGAUUGACCCGAUGACUAUAUUAGACCCACUUAACAAGGCAAAUAACACAACACGAAGUGCAUUCAGAAUAAGAGAAAUUUAGGAAGUGUUCAAGAGAGUUUUUGAGUAUAUGAACUCUAAGUUACUAGAGGUGAAUGAUGUCUCGGUGGCAUAGUGUGAAUCUGAUAUGCAAUAAGACCCUCAAGAAUUGUUGAUGGGUGCUUUAAGCACUAAGAUUGGCAAUGUAAUUAGAGAUGUCCUUGAAAGAGAAGAUAUCGAUCAUUAGUAGUGA